UCGAUAAGCCCUUGACGCUAGCCCACCUAGAAAUGUCCCGCAUUGCUGCCUGAGGCUAAUUAUCGUCAUCAGAAUUAUCGAAGCGCUCAUUGCUCUCGCAUUCUCCAUUCGCAAUACCUUGGUACUCGAUACCCUUUUCUCCUUUUACAUAUAUAUAGCAUACAAAAUGCGCCUUGUCAAAAACAAAAUCGAGUACAAUGGCGCCGGCAGCGUCACCCUCAUCCCCGAAGAACCUGAGGACAUGUGGCAUGCCUACAACCUCAUCGUCCCCGGUGACGUCCUCUACGCAACAGCCAUUCGCCGCGUAACCACAACAGGCACAACAGGGUCAACCAGCUCCUCGCGCGUACGCCUCACGCUCGAGAUCCGCGUGAAGAGCCUCGACUUUGACCCGCAAAACUCCCAACUGCACGUCAGCGGGCAGAUCAUGAAUGAGACACCACAUACAAAGAUUGGGCAGCAUCAUACACUGGAUCUUGAGCUCAACCGGCAGUUUACGCUUGAGAAGGGGUCAGGACCUGAUGGUGAGGGGAGCGGGUGGGAUAGUGUUGCUGUUGAAGCGCUGAAGGAUGCUGUUGAUGAGGGGGGAAACCGGAGGGCAGAAGCUGUGGCUGUUGUUAUGCAAGAAGGGCUGGCACAUAUCUGCUUCAUCGGGCAGCAUCGGACGAUAUUAAAGCAGAAGGUUGAGAUGUCCGUCCCGCGGAAAAGAGCCGGGGGCAGUGACCAUGACAAGACAAUGACAAAAUUCUACCAAACAACUCUAGACACCCUCCUCCGCCACCUCGAAUUCAACACCUCCGCAACCUCAAUGAGCACGUCGGACCCCAUCCGCCCCGUUCUCCUCGCCUCCCCAGGCUUCAUAGCAACCUCAUUCCAAAAGCAUAUCCAAUCCGUCGCAAACACUUCAACCCCAGCCCUAAAACGGCUCCUCCCUUCCAUCGUCGUCGUCCACUCCGCAUCCGGCUACCUGCACUCUCUUACCGAAGUCCUUCAAUCACCCACCGUCAAGGCCCUACUCAGCGACACGAAACACGCCCGUGAAACAAAGCUCAUGGAUGACUUUAACGAACAGCUCCGCAAGGAGACAAACAGGGCUACAUACGGCCCCCGCGAGGUCGAGCAUGCAGUUGACCAGGGCGCCGUGGGGCGGGGCGGGGGCGUGCUGAUUAUCUCAAAUCGCCUGUUCCGGGCUCAGGACGUCGCGGAGCGGAAGAGGUGGGUUUCCCUUGUGGAUCGCGUGAGGGAUGUCGAGGGGGGCGAGGUCCGGGUCCUGAGCUCGGAGCAUGAGAGUGGUCGGAGGUUGGAUGGGCUGGGUGGGAUUGCGGCCUUGCUGACGUUUCCGAUUGAUGACGAGGAUGUGGGUGAUAGCGAGUGAUCAUCGACUGACAAUAUUCCAAUUUCUGCAGCUAUAUAGAUACUGCUACACGUUAUCCUACUCCAUAGACCCGAGAUACUUGGUUCUAGAUCUGGAUCUUACGGAUUUUUAGGCAGGUCAGCCUAUCGGAAGCAACACCCAACAUUCCAAAUACAUAUCCACCAUAGGCCUUACAAAAAUAUGCAUCCGAAAGGGAAACUCAUCAUGGACUCUUGAAUCUCGAUUCCAAACCCCUCGAGUCGAUUCACGUCGAUCUCGGAGAUUUGUCCAGCGGGAAAAUCGCACACGUAAAUCAGGGACCGUCAUCUGUCAUACAUCGAAGACAAUGACAAAUACCGGAUUGACAUUGAACUUUGUCGCUUAACACACCAUGUAUUUGGAAGGCUGCGGCUAUUUGGCUCCACUGAAGAUUUACAUUGUAGUAGAUUGAAAAUGACAAACACUCUGAAAACCGGAGUGUACCAGAGUUGGAUCUAAUUCUAAAUCCCGCGGUACCGCGGGGUAGUUAUGGGCCGCCACUCCGCC